UUGUUUUGUUAUUUUUAACCUCAUUUUAAUUCUUGUGAUCAGAAAAGAAUACACAAAAAAUCUCUCUUGUUGUAUGGUUGGCAAUUGUUAUGUUAUCCUUAACAUAAUUUUAUUGAUUUGCUAAAAAUGAAAUACUAGAAAAAUUAUGUUUUCCACAAAUUUGAAUCCAAUUAAAGUAGAAGAGGAGGAAGAAAGAUUUGACAGAUUAAGACUGUAUUACGGAUGCGAGAAAUGCUCAUUCAAGACAAAACUCUUGUCCAGGAUAAGAACCCACGAAAACAGCGAACAAAAAUUUAAUUGUUCCAGUGGUGACCUUGAAAAUUACAAAUGUCACAAAUGCAAAACAUUUGAAACACAAUUCUUGUCACAACUGAGAUGGCACAUUGUUCAAGGUCAUACAUCACAACAUGUCGAACCUAAAAGCUUCAAAUGUCUCAAAUGUGAUUUCAACUCGUUUUCGCAAUUGUUGCUUUUGAGACAUUCCAUUUGUACCAAACAUAAAAGAAGGAAACGAGGAAAAAGAGGCGUUUUCAGAUGUACAGAUUGUGGUUACAAAACUAUAGUUUUAAACAAAUUGAGAAGACAUGUGAUUUGUAGACAUACAGCUGAUUCCGAAAUUCAAUGGUUCAAAUGUAAACAUUGUUCGUACAAAUGUAAACUUAAGGAGAAUUUGAGACAUCACAUGAUCGUAAAACACGAGUCGCCUGACUUACGCCCCGUCAUCAAAUGUAAACAUUGUGAUUACAAAACUAUGUAUUUAAGCAAUUUGAGGGCACAUGUGAUCUAUAGACAUACCAACGAUUCCGAAAUCCAGUGGUUCAAAUGUGAAUAUUGUUCAUUUAAGGGCAAAAUUAAGGGAAAUUUGAGACAACACAUGAUCCAAAAACACGAAAAUAACUUCCCCUACUCGUGUGAACUUUGUGAUUACAAGGCUAAACAGAAGGCUCAUUUGCAACAACACCUGAAUACACGACACAAAACCAAAAGUAGUGAAUCAUUGCCUAAGGGAAAUGUUAUUUUCACCAAAUAUCUAAGAGAGAAACUAGGAGAGAAAGGAGCUUACAAAUGCACAAAAUGUGAUUACGAAAGUGACAAUUUGGCCAGUGUUAGAAGACAUGUGAUUUCUAAACAUUUGGACGAUUCAGAGAUUCAGUGGUUCAAAUGUGAAUAUUGUCAAUUUAAGUCCAAACACAAGAGUAAUUUGAAUCAACACAUUAUCAUACACACUAAGACGCCCUUUCGGUGUAAAGUUUGUGAUUAUGAGGCGAAAACAAGAAACAUUUUGAAACAACACGUGAAUAAACACCAUACGUCUCCUGAGGACUGGUUUCACUGUGCCCAUUGUGGUUACAAAACUAAAAGUAAAAAAUCAUUGGUUAAACAUUUAAAAAUGCAACAUAGUAAUGGCAAACUUUAGUGAUUUCAUUGUGAUUUUAAAUGUAAGACUAAAUCUUGUUUAAAGCACUUGUUGGUGUGUGACAUUUAAUUAUUUCCAAUGCCAAUUUAAGGCGGCCUUUAAGACCAAUUUGAAAUAUAUCGAGUGUUUGAAGUACAAACUUAUCUUCUUUCAUCAAACACCCUAUAUUUUUGUGCUAUUCCACAGUGCGAUCAAAAAGUUUUUCUUUAGAAAUUUAGCGGAUUUAAAUGUUGGCAUUGAAGUAGCUUAUUAAAAAUUCCGUGGCGCUGCGGUCCAAUAUUUUUUUAACCUUAAUAAAAUAUCUAUGGCAGUAAAACGGCAUGAAGAGGUUACCUACUUCAUUCUUAUUUGCUGACCAAUAUUUAUGCAUUAGUUUGUUAAGUUUGAAAAAAUAAAAACAAUUUUUUUUUAAUUGUAAAAAAAUCAAGAAACGA